GUCCAUUACGGUAGCUCUGUCGGUGGAGCAGAGGAGCUUGACGGAUGCGUAGACAGAGAGGAGGGAGAGGAGGAGAGAAGCACAGAUUGCUGCAGAUCCAGAGUUUAGCGGCAGCCUAAUUUUAACCACAGCGAAGCCACAACACCUUCUGUCACCCUCCACAUCAUGUUGAGGAAGGGCUCAGAGCUGCAGAAGGGCGACAGAGAGGUCCUCCUGGAUCUGGACUAUGGAGGUGAAGCACAAACCACAGACAGCUACGGGAGUCUGCACAACGGGAGCUACAUCCCGCCGAGAUUUCUUUCAGCCGCAGCUGCUGACGAAUAUACGGAGGGUGAUGAUGAUCCCAUUCAUAUUCACUGUAACACAAGAAGCAGCCAGCCACUUCCACAGCUUGGCAAUUACUUCAGAGAUGGAAGGACCAAAAUCGACUUUGUGCUCGUGUGGGAGAUUCGCUCGCGGAGGAAGAGACGAGGGAAGGGGAAGGUGACAGGUGAGGAGGGGGAGGCCGUGCCCACUGAGGAGAGCAGCAGGUCUGAGCGGAGGAAGGCACAGCUGGCCCAGUGGAGGGAGAAGUUUGUUCAGAAUCUGGAGAGCGUUGGAUUGCUAAUGGAAAAGGAGGAAACAGCGAAUGAAAAGAAAACGAUACAUUUUCUGAAAGUCAGCGCUCCUUGGGACGUGUUGGUGUGUUACGCUGAGGAACUCUGUGUGAGAGCUCCAUUGCAGGCACAGCCGAACCUGGACUUGAACACAUCUGCUCGUGUGCUGAGUAGACUAUGCAUACCUAAUGUGAUGAUGGAGUCAGUGCCAAAUAGGCCACUGGACUAUUACACAUGUGCCUUCCGCAAGUCGAAGAUGAACAGGUUCCUUGGCUGUGACGACCAUGAAAACUAUUUCACUAAUACACAGAGACACCGUGUUGUGUAUGAGAUUCUUGCGAGGACGGUGUACGGGAAAAGGAAGAGGGCUGAGGUUGGUGUGGACAGACUGGUGAAUGAAGGGGUGUACACGGCAGCUUUCCCGCUGCAUGAGGGCCCCUUCCAGCUUCCAAAGUUCGAGGUUCGCCCUGACGAGCUGAACCAGAGGCAGAUCCUUUACCACUACUGGGCCCGCUGGUGGAAAUGGUACAAGUACCAACCACUGGACCACAUCAGGGAGUACUUUGGAGAGAAGAUUGCACUCUACUUCGCUUGGCUGGGUUUCUACACAGCCUGGCUGCUGCCCGCUGCAGUGGUCGGAACCCUGGUCUUUGUGUCUGGAGUCAUGUCCAUGGGUACCAACACACCAGCCAAGGAGGUCUGUAACAGUGGAGCGAGUUAUCUGAUGUGUCCUCUCUGCAACACAUGCAAGGCCUGGAACAUGUCUGAUAUCUGCGCCAUGGCCAAGGUGGGCUACUUAUUUGACCACCCAGGUACGGUCUUCUUCAGUGUGUUCAUGUCCUUCUGGGCUGUAACCUUCCUGGAGUACUGGAAGCGAAAGAUGGCCACCCUGGCCCAUCACUGGGACUGCAUGGACUUUCACGAAGAAGAGGAGCGACCUCGGCCAGAGUUCGCAGCGAUGGCUCCGACUAUGGAGGCAAACCCAGUGACUGGGGUCAAAGAGCCCUAUUUUCCUGAGAAGACCCGGCUGUCCCGCAUGUUUACCGGCUCCAUGGUCAUCAUUAUGAUGCUGUGUGUGGUGAUGAUCUUCCUGGUGACGGUGGUCAUGUGCCGCGGAAUCGUCAGCGUGAUGAUGUUCCACACUGGCAGCCCUGUCCUGCGUACAGAGGCAGGGACCAUAGCCAACAUCUCCAGCAGCAUCGUGAAUCUGGGCCUCAUCCUGUUGAUGGGCCGGGUCUACACUGCAUUAGCUGAGCAGCUCACUAAAUGGGAGAUGCACAGAACACAAACCCAGUAUGACAACGCUUUCAUCAUGAAGGUGUUCAUCUUCCAGUUUGUCAACUUCUACUCCUCCCCGUUCUACGUGGCUUUCUUCAAAGGAAGGUUUGUGGGUUAUCCUACCAACUAUGGGACCUUGUUCGGGAUGAGAAAUGAAGAUUGUGGUCCAGGGGGCUGCCUCAUAGAACUGGCUGAGCAACUCUUCAUCAUCAUGGUGGGAAAGCAAAUCAUCAACAACAUUCAGGAGUUCAUUAUCCCUAAAGUGAAGGCUUGGCAGCAGAAGAGAACUCUGGCCAAGGUGCUCGGCGGGAAGGCAUCCCAAGAGCCUCGGCGCUGGGAGGAGGACUACCAGCUGGUGGAGUGUGAAGGCCUGUUUGAAGAGUACCUGGAGAUGGUGCUCCAGUUUGGCUUCAUCACCAUCUUCGUGGCGGCGUUCCCCCUCGCUCCGCUGUUUGCGCUCCUCAACAACUGGGUGGAAAUCCGUCUGGACGCCCACAAGUUUGUGUGCGAGUACCGCCGGCCGGUGGCUGAACGCGCCCAGAACAUCGGAGUGUGGUUCAACAUCCUGGAAGCUCUGUCACACCUGUCCGUCAUCGCCAACGCUUUCCUCAUAGCCUUCACAUCUGACUUUUUGCCUCGCCUGCUCUACCAGUACAAGUUCGAUAAUGAUCUCAACGGAUACGUCAACUUCACCUUGGCUUACGCCCCACUUAACUACACUGAGUACCCCAUGUGCAGAUAUAAAGCGUUGAGAGACAACAAUGGAAACUACUCGCUGUUCUACUGGGAGCUUCUCGCCGUCAGACUCGGUUUUAUCAUCGCUUUCGAGCAUGUGGUGUUCUUCGUGCUGCGGGCCAUCGACUGGAUCGUACCUGACGUCCCCGAAUCACUGGAGCUGAAGAUCAAGAGGGAGCGCUACCUGGCCAAGCAGGCUCUGGCCGAAAACCAGGAGGCUCUGUUGGUGAGUCGAGGCCGAGGGGCCGCCCCUGCCACCCCAGGCACCUCCAGCCCAGGAAGCGACGCGUCCUUUGGAGUCAUGAGCUAGGACUACGGCGUGGAGGAGUGGUGUGCGGGGAGAACAGGAGGAACACCUGAGGAAAAGACACUCCUUCACAUCUGGGAAAACACGAGUGAACUUUUUCCCUUCCGCUGAUUACUGUCUCUGCACUGGUAUUUUGUUUUCAUUUUACUAAUGUGCAUACUGCUGCACAGAAAUUAUGAUAAGCAGGUGUGCAACCUCGCCCGGCUUACCCACACUUUUCAUUUGGAGAACAUUUUCAGGCUGACCGAUGAAUGUCAAUGACUCACAUUAGGCCUACACAAAUAACAGUUUUGUUCAAAAAUCCAUCCCUAAUCCGAAAAGUAUCCGCUUCUGUCUUUUCCAAGCUGGGUGCUGUCCCUCUGGAAACUGGGCCGUAGCCUGAGCAGAGUCUAUGAAUAAAGAACAAAAAUGCCAUAUAUAGUUUGAUGAUGCACUGAUGUCAAGAAGACAGUGACAGGCGACCAAAUGAAACACACUGUUAGCUUGAAAAAAAAUUACAGAUUUGUCUGGGUUUGAAAAUUUGUUGGAAACAUUUGGGAUAAUGUAGGUACACAACUCAACAGCAUAUUGUAAAGGAGCAGUACGUAAGAAUUGGCCACCUGUCAAAUUCAUACUACAAAUAAGAGGCAGCAUAUCACUGGAAAGGUAAACUAAAGUAGCUGCUAACUGCUGCUAACUGUAACUAUCAUUAGCUUGUUAGCUCAGUUCGCCAUGCACCAAACUGUUUGCUGAUUCUGCUCAGAGUUGGGGGGGGGGCAUCAGGUUUCAGUUAGUGCCGACCUCCAGAGGCCUGACCAGGGGAUUUGGUGAGUUCAGCCCCGGGGUGCCAGGAGCCAAACCGUCAAGAAAACCACCUCCAUGUUGUUGGACUGAGGGCAGACUGGAUGCUACAGUGACUGUCACCUCGUGAGGUACAAAGUGCUUUUACGAGACAGGACGGGUCAGGGCUAACUGAUUAUCAUGCUAACUUCAGAAGAUAUCUCCACAGCACAGUGUGUAGUUGUCUUUGCCAUGUCAGGCGUAUUUCUUCACAUUCUGUUGAUAGUUGUAAUUCAUUUAUUUUAUGUUCAAAAAAUGAAAAUUCUUACAUAUUGCUCCUUUAAUAUACACAUGUCAAAUAUUACAUCUUUCAGCCUGCUUACAGUUUUUGCUUCUGUUACAUAAAAAGCUGUGAAACUAGUGUAGUUUGGGGGAAAGCUCAAUAGCCUCUUGGCCACUCGAGUCACGGGCACAAUAUCUACAAUAGCAAAGCCUCAUCAGUACCAGUUAUUAGCUGUUUUUUCUACUGGUUAAUUAAAAUUGCAGCAUGGAUUGUUGAUGCUUUCAGUGUUCUGUGGGUCCAGUAGGAAAUUCGCACUGACGUGACACCUACAUCAGAGCCGACCUAGUAGCCAAGUUUGAGCAGUAUUACAGUAAAUUGAUGUUAGAUGUUUUUAAUGGCACGAACAAGCAGCCGAAUCCCUCCUGAAAAUCUCGUCUUAGCUGACAUCCAGUGGUCUAACUCUCACCUGGAUGCGGUGAUUUGCACAUGCACUCCAGGAUCCCGUCAAACAUUUGUGGUCUUUAAACCCGAGCUGAGAUAACCCCGAUGACUUUUAACAGCCCGGGCUGAGUAGUACACCCCCGUAAUGAGUAAACCAGUUUGUUCUGUGUAAAAUCAGUAGAGUGCCCAGUGCGGUUGCUUUCUGUGUGAUGACCCCUGAGGUCCAAGUGCACCUUCCUUUUACAACUAGCUGAUACUGUAAAAAAGCAAAGAACAAAUAGUCUCUUUUUUUUCCUGUUAAUUGUUAGAAGACUGAUUGUGAGCUGUUAAUAUUACAAAGACUGUCUGUCGUCUUCACCAUGAUGAAGAAACUGCAACUACCCCCUCAUCUGCACCGUAUAUGUCCGUACGCAUAUACUAUAUGUUUACCGAGCACGUCUUUUCUACUCGAAUGCUCUGCAGAGUUUCGUGUGGAGGGUCUCUGAGCAUUGCUACUGUGCGAUACUGUAAACAGGAGUGAAAUAGUACCUCGAUGAAGGACAUAUUUUGUGUGUGAGCUGUUUUCCAUUGAAGACGUUUUAGAGCCGAAUAAAUCUAGUUUGAUG